ACAUUCUCCGCCAUCUGCCCCCUCCUCGCCGUCCCCGCCGUCCGGGAGCGCCGCUCCCCCGGCCGCCCCCAUGAUGACCGCCAAGGCGGCGGACAAGAUCCCGGUGACCCUCGGCGGGUUCGUGCACCAGCUCCCCGAGGGCGUUUACCCCGCCGAUGACAUCUCCGCCGCGCUGCCAACUUCGGUCGCGAUCUUCCCCAACGCUGACCUGGCAGGGACGUUCGACCAGAUGAGCGCGGUGGCAGGAGACGGCAUGAUCAACGCGGACAUGGGCGACAAGCGGGCCCUGGACCUGCCCUACGGCGGCGGCUUCGCGCCCGGCGCGCCGGCCCCCCGCAACCAGACCUUCACCUACAUGGGCAAAUUCUCCAUCGACCCGCAGUACCCCGGCGCCGGCUGCUACCCCGAGGGCAUCAUCAACAUCGUGAGCGCGGGGAUCCUGCCGGGAGUCAGCGCUCCCGCCGCCGCCUCCGCCGCCUCCUCCGCCGCCUCCUCGGCCGCCCCCUCGGCCCCCGCCGCCUCCCCGAACCCGCUGCCCGGGCCGCUCGGCUGCUCCAUGGCGCAGGGCCAGCCGGCAGACCUGGAGCACCUCUACUCGCCGCCGCCGCCGCCCUACUCGGGCUGCGGGGAGCUGUACCCGCAGGACCCCUCCUCCGCCUUCCUGCCCGCCGCGGGCGGCGCGGCGCUGCCGUUCCCCCCGCCACCCUCCUACCCGUCCCCGAAGGCGGCCGACGGCGGGCUCUUCACCGUCAUCCCCGAGUACGGCGGCUUCUUCCCGCCGCCCCAGUGCCAGCGGGAAGCGCACGCCGACCGCAAGCCCUUCCCCUGCCCCCUCGACUCGCUCCGCGUCCCGCCGCCGCUCACGCCGCUCUCCACCAUCCGCAACUUCACCAUGGGGGCGCCCCCGGCGGGCGCCGCGCCCGGCACCGGCACCGGCAGCGGGGGAGAGGGCGCCCGGGUGCCCGGCGGCGCCUACAGCCCGCACCACCUGCCGCUGCGGCCCAUCCUGCGGCCCCGCAAGUACCCGAACCGGCCCAGCAAGACGCCGGUGCACGAGCGGCCCUACCCCUGCCCCGCCGAGGGCUGCGACCGCCGCUUCUCCCGCUCCGACGAGCUCACCCGGCACAUCCGCAUCCACACGGGCCACAAGCCCUUCCAGUGCCGCAUCUGCAUGCGGAACUUCAGCCGCAGCGACCACCUCACCACCCACAUCCGCACCCACACCGGCGAGAAGCCCUUCGCCUGCGACUUCUGCGGCAGGAAGUUCGCCCGCUCCGACGAGAGGAAGCGGCACACCAAGAUCCACCUGCGCCAGAAGGAGCGCAAAGGCGCCGCGGGGUGCGCGCAGCCCGGCGCGGGGAGCGCCGCCGCCCUGGCCCCCUGCGCCGCCCGGACGAGGACGCCGUGACCGUGCGGGGCGCGGGGGGCAGCGCGGGGCCAGCGCGGAGCCGCCCACGGAGCCCGGAGCCAGCGCGGAGCCAACGCGGAGCCGCCCACGGAGCCGCCCGCGCAGACCGAACCCGGCGCGGAGCCAGCGCGGAGCCGCCCACG